AUGAGUCCCUAUAUCCACUCCCACUCUCCCGAUAGCGCCUACUCUUCCGACGGCUUAUACUCCCCUGCCGAACGUUACCAGCCGAAGUACGAGUCCUCUGCGACCGUACCAAGGUUCAACUCAUGGUCAGCUUAUGGUCAUAUUUCGAGCCUGUUACGUGCUCCCCACCAUGUUCCAUCCAUCAAUCCUAAAGUCACGAUUUUAACGACACAACCAUCCCUGUCCUCCGACAUUAGCACCCCUUCGUCUGCGUCGACGCAGUCAUUACAGACGCCGUCCUCCCCAUUUGUCCACUAUCCCGACACCCGGGAAGACAUGGAUUUUGAUGAUUCUGACUCCGAAGAUGAGGACGCCGAUUUUGAUAUUGAGGGGAUGGACGGGAUCGAAGAAGAAACUAUGCCGUUUUACGGUGUAACCAUGCCUCAAGUUAUGAAAUCCACCUCUGCGCUCGAAGGCGCGCUGGGGGAAGGUUCACGGUCAUCUGGCCCUUGGUGGCCGCAGCCAUCAUCGUCAUAUAUGCUUUCAGACCGGCGAAUGUCCGUGUCUGCACCUGGAUAUCCUACUUCGUCUCAUCGACAAAUACCCUCCCAUGCACAGCGACGACAGGACAGUGAUAUGUAUUCCCCAAGACCUCAUAAUGAUUCGUCACCAACAUCACCUUCAUACCCUCAUCACAGCUCUUCAUAUACCCAGGACAGUUCGAAUUCAAUGACUACAUUAUUCGCACCCACUUCUGCAUUGUACCAAAAUUCGUCAUCGUCUCUAGCCGAUGCAAUUCCACUCGGCCUUGCACCUGGAGCAACACGACAUUCAUCGAACCGUCUGCCCAUUUUGCAACCGCAACCAAUCCGCCCAAUCCCCCCCAUUCCUUUGGACGAAUUAGCAUCGUCCGCUGCCGAGGUUGAUGACUCUGUCUUUCCAGAUGAAGGCAUUCGUAGACCUCGGGAGCGGAGUCUUUCGCCUCUUCCACUUCUUUGCCAACCAGUCUCCGAUGCCGUGAGGUAUCAGUUGAGCACAAACCCUAGGAACGCUCAGGGUGACGGGGAGUCAUAUGAUCACCAGAUUAUGGCCGAGCCGUCACCUAGAGCUUCUAUUCAACCUCAUCAUUUUAGCCCUGCUUAUCCCCGAAACUGUUCAGGAGCUACGCAUACUCCGAUGUGUACUUGUAGGCGCGAUAGGAAAAUGAGUAGGCGGUGA